CUCGGUUCCUCUCUCGCUCCCCUACCUGGUUCCCUCCGUCUCCUUCCGAUUCCGCCCCCUCCCCCGCCGCUACGCUUCCCGACUCCGGACUCCCCUUCGCACCCCGCCGCCGCGCUUCCCGACUCCGGCUCCCCUUCGCACCUCGCCGCCGCUCUGGGCCACCGGCUUCGCACUCCUCCCCGACACCCCUCCGCUCCCUCCCACACCCCAGUCACCUGCCCAUCAACAAGGUCACCGUCUCCCUCCUGCCUCCACUCCAGUCACCUGCCAACCAACAAGGUCACCGUCUUCCUUCUGCAAUCAACGUAGCCGGCUGCCCACAAGGGAGUGGAUAAGCUAUACAUGUUUGAUGGCCAGGCAGUGAAUAAAUUGUGCAUAGGGCACAUGCCUUUACAUGUUAAGGCUGUAUCUUUUACUUAAUUUUCUGUACAGUUAUAACAUGGCUACAAAACCUAAAAAAUAUCUGAUCUAAAGUUGAAUAGGGUUAGCUGUAGUCGUACUGAUCUACAAUACAUUUUGGCAGCCAUGAGAAGAAUACUGCUCUUGUUGUUUUGCACAUUUCCUUAAUACGUUCACAUAUGCAUAGAUUUUUUUGGUGUAUGUACGUAUGCAAGAGUAUGUUUACAGAUGAUACAUUUAUGCUUUUACAAUUUAUGUUGGCACAAAAACAUCCAACCAUUGCUCUUAUUUGACGUGCCACUGCAAAAUUAUUUUAAUUUAGCACUUUUUUGCACUCAGAUACUAUCGAUCAAACAGACCACAAAUAAGUCCAGGUGUAUUACAGGAUUUGUACCAUCACCACAGACAAUAAACUCCAAAUUCUAAUACCAUUCAAACAGGGUAUGGGCCUCUCAGGGCUUCCCCAGACCGGAGCUCCUGUGGACAGUUCAGCUUAAGCUGGUUUAUGCACAAGAUGAAGCCCUUUAGAAGGUGUAAUCAGCCUUUUUUUGUGGUCACAAGACUUAUGGCAUAAUUUGGCUCAUUGGCAGCUUUUACAAAUAUCCUGCAACGCUUGCAUGUAUUAUAUCAUGUCAUAUUCUCCUGAUUGUUAUGAACUGAAGCACCUGAACUAUGGAUGACUAUGUGAUCCGUCUCCUACGCAUCUCCAGGCUUAACUCUACACCCUAAAUUAGUCAUAGAAGUGUUUGUUACUUGUCCAAAAUGCGAUGUAUGUAGAGUCACUUGCCAUGUACACAUGUAAAAGUAUGAGAUUGAACAAGUACUGCACGAGAACAGUUCUAGUACCACUCUUUAAAAGAAAAACAUUCUAGUGCUAGGGUCAGUAUUUUAGCCAUUGGUCACCCUUGUGAGGUUAAAGGGUCGUAUUAUUUUUGUACAGAUAAGAUUACUAAGCUAGCAGUUUUCAUUUAUGUUUUGUACUGGCUUAUUGAUUUGGUAAGAAAAACACUGGUGAAAGUCUUACCACUAUUUGGAAAACCAGAAUAAAGAAACAAGUGUAUCUGAUGUUGGAUCUGGAUCUAAAUAGGGCCCAGCUGAGUUUUCGACAUGUCUGGACGUGAGGUCCGUGAGUAUACCAAUCUCAGCGAUCCUAAAGAUAAGAAGCUGGGGAAGGGGAAGGACAAGAUCGAUGAUGAGGACGUCACGUUCCAGCGCAUGGUUGCAAAGAUGCAGGAUGUUGCUGGUGAGAGGGGAGGCUACCUUCAUGGACGAGGAGCAUUGGACAGUGAUGAUUUGCUUUACCUCAAAGAGCAAAUGGAGGCCGAGGAAGAUGCAGAGCGUCUUCUUCGCCGUACAGAGAAGCGGGCAUUUGCUGCUUUUAAGAAAGCAGCCACUCUAGCUGAUUCUGCACCUGCUCUACCCGCCGCUCUUUGUGUCGACGCCAGGCCAAAAAGCGACAUAAGGCAACGGGAUCUUUUGAAGAACAUUGUUGGGAUCAAACCGAAGCGACCCAAGGUUUGCAGCCCUCGCCAAGCGGCAGAGAACGACGGGCCUAAGCGGAACCAGGAAGUUUCUGUCAGCAAAAUGUCUUCAUGUCAGAAUGAACCAAAGCCAGCUGAAGCAACGGAGUCUAGGCCACAGAACGUGACUGGAAGCUUGCUUGGUUUGGCGUACGAGAGUUCGGAUGAAGAAUGACCAGUGGUGUAGGGAGUCACAGUAGGGCUGUAGGCUGCGUGUUAGUUCAUCUGCAACGUUGCUAGAUUGUGUUUCUGCGCGGGGGUUCAGGAUAAUUCAAGAACUCUUUCUGCUGAAAAUCAAGCUUGAGUUAUUGAAUGCUUUCUCCGGAAUGUUAUGUUCUGGACACA